GACGCUUACAUACUCCAGAAUCAAAUGCGGGUCUCGAUCUUCCAAGAAGACGAAUGUUCUUCUAUUUCCCUGAUUCCAAAUCCAGAAACUUACGCACAGAUCAAUACUCUGUGUUUGCAACGAGGACUGACAGAUUGGGACUGGGACUGUGACGUCUACACAUUGCAAGGUCAAUCAAUGCCUUCAGUGCUGCUGUAUAGGAGGGAGUAAGCAACUCAGGUUUCGACUCGUUUCCAUUUCACUCUGGUAGGAAGAGUGAAAUGGCUGAACUCCAACGCAAAGUGGGGCCGUUCAUAUGGACUUCGAUAGCUGCAGCCCUCGUUUUCAUGGGCGUGUACUACAUGCGUCUCGAUUUCGCAUUCAUCGACGGGGACGCGGCCUACGAGAAAGAAUACAAGACGGACACCAUCGCUUACCAGAAAUCGAACGGGGAGACGGGCACACUCCGAGACUGGACGUCGGAAGGGAAGACAGAAGACUCGGAAUCUGAUGCAGGUCCGGUUUCAGACGAGCUGCUGAUUGCAGUCAUCCAUCGAUAUCUGGACGAAGGGGCGGAGGAUAAGAAUAAGUCGCCGAGGCGGCAAAGAUCGUGGCUGCGCAGGAGGUCGGAAACACGAGGACUCGACGCUUCUGCCAAGGAAUCACUGAAGAGGGCUCUCGAGGAUCUGCAAAAGCUGCAAGAGGCUCAUGCGCCGCCGGUCCGGCCCGAGGCCGAGGGCAGGGGAGAGUGGCUGGCGGCAGACGAAGAUGGCGCCGAGGUCGGAGAGUUCAAGUUCAGAGAGUAUGGCGAGCUGAAUCUGCGACGGCUGGUCGUGUUCAGCGCGUACCGAUCGUCGCCGACGGAAUUCACAGUGGUCACUCUGAGCCCCAGCGUGCUGCAGGCGGCGGGCGGGCCUGUGCACGACGCCUGCGCCUGGCUGCCGGAUGGCAGCACCACGUCGCCGGGCCGCUUCUCGUCACUGCUCGAGAUGAACUCGACGGGGCGCAUGCCGGACCCGAGGGGCACCCCGAUCCUUCGCUACGUGCAGGACACGCACGGGCGGCCCUACGACACAUUGGUCAUCCGCUGCGCCUUCCCGGAGGCAGUGGGCGCCGACGGAUCGGGCGGCUUCCUCUACCUCAAUGUCUCGUACGAGCUGGUGCCCGUCUUCCACGAGAGGCGUCGGCAGCUCGAGGCCGCAGCUUACGAGGAUGGCGCUAGGUUUCGGCACCAGUAUGCCUACUGCUCGGCUCCGGUGUGGACGAAUUUGAGCUCGGCGCACGUGAAGCAAUGGUUUAUGUAUCAUCACACGCUGACCGGGGGCGACAUCCACUACUUCGUGUACGACAACGUGGGGAUCGACGAGGCGACGAUGGCCGUGCUGCGGCCUCUGAUCGAGGCCGGCUCGUUGACGCUCAUCAACAUGCACCGAGAGCGGGACUUCGACACCUGGUACCACACGCAGACUCUGGCCAUCAACGACUGCCUGAACCGAGCGAGGGUCGUGGCCAAAUGGGCCAUCUUCUGGGACUUCGACGAGUACCUACACUUAGCGCCGCCGCUCAGCCUCGCCGCGCUGCUGGCGCAAGUCGAAGCGCAGGGAGCGCCAUGGGUGUCGUUCGGCAACAUGUGGUACAGUCGCAUGUACUGCGCCCCAGAGUCGGAGUCGGCCGAGCGCGAGAGCGAGUGGGCGGUUGAGAGGAUGCUGUACAGGCUCGAGGGGCCAGUGUGCGGGAUCGAGAAUAUGAGCCAUGUCUGCGAGGGCGAGAUGGGGCACCGCAAGUGGAUCGCCAAUCCGAGGCAGGUGAAGGUCGGGGCCAUCCACCGAGCGCUGGAGGUGGCGGGGGGGACCGGCGUGACUCUGGCCACCGAGGUCGCCCGGAUCAAUCACUACAGCGGACUCGUUGCUCCGAAUUCUGCUGAAAUCGACUGCCUCAUAAUCAAAGACCCCGUCGAGGUCAAUGACUCGAAAGUGGACGGAUGGUGGAUCAAGGACGCCGAGCUCGCCACCUUCGCUGCAUCGUUGAAAUUCCCUGCGCAGCUCUACGAUGUUUUUCACGCCUCCGCAAACGAGGGCUAGAGCUUCGUCCCGGGGGAAAGCUACGAUCUCCUUCCUCCUCCUCCUCUUCCUCCUCGUCCUACGUCCGCCAUGCCUAAUCUAAGGCUCGACUCCUGCCUGUCCUCGUUCGUUCGGAAUGGCCAGUGUGCAAGUGGGAAACAGCAACCCGCGGUAUCAUAACUAACGGUAUGAGAUCGCUAGACACGCUUGCACCGUAGCCGAGCAUACGGCAACAGAAAGUCAUAGUUCUCGUGAUCGAACCAGUGCUGCACCACUUAAUUGCCACACCACAUUCAAGGAACAAGUACAAGCUCACCGCCAGGUACCGGCUUCAGGGUGAAAAGUACACUUCAGCUGAAGCCGUCCGUCAUCUCCAAUUAUUGCAGAGUAGUCUCAGACUCUUGACCCCGAGCCCUGAGUCCUCGACACACGCCAAGCCACGCCAUCUAGAGCGUAAAUCGGUCUACUAUGAACCUCUAACCCGAAAGGGAGAGCUCGUAAAACCCCAGAAACCACACAACUGCUAGUAAU